UCACCAUUCUCCGUUCAACGCUGGCCAAAGAAUCAUCUUAGUACUACUACAUUUGGAUUUUUCUUCGUUAAAUUUAUUAUGGUUAUUGUGCUUCUUCGCUGUCUCCUCUCCAUGGCCUGGUCAUCUCGUCUCGAUCGACAGCUACUGGCAGUGGCAUCUGUACACCCCAAGUGCAGAACUGUUUGCGUACUCAGAGAGCUUCACUCUCAGACAACCAGAUCACCUCUCCCAGUACACCAGCUAAUGGAGCGCAUCAAACUGGCCUUCCUGUGGCAUGCGCAUUCCUGAGAGCCCAGGGUCAUCAUCCCGAGCUGGGUAGCAUGCCCUCUGCUCAAGAGUAAUCAUUUUUCAUGCACUUACGCCUGAUUUUUCCUCAUCACAUUUCCAUGGCCUUCCUGCUUGAACAAGUCAAUACCGUGACUUGUAUUCUCCAGUGUGCCCUCCACUUGUUCCGACAGUGUUUCUCCCAACGAGUAGCUCAUCUGUAUGGAGAGCGCACAAGUCAACAUCCAGAACCAUCUUGCUACCUUUGGAUUUUUCCUCAUCACAUUUCCAUGGCCUUCCUGCAUUCAACUAGUCAAUAACGUGUCCUGUGUUGUAUCCAGAUUAUAAUUGUUCUUCAAAGCAUGUCAGCAAAAAUACUGGAUUGCUCACAUCACCAGUCGACAACCCUGCUGUCUUCAUUUGUUCUUAGCAACUACCAAUCCUUCACAUGUAUCAGUACAUCGGAGUCUAGAUCACGAUCUGAUUAUAGUUCAGAGAGAGGGAGAGGGCCAGGAUCUCCCUUGCAGACUGCAAAGGCUCUUCUCCAUCACAAGUACACCAAAGGAUUGUGCAUCAUUUUAACAUGGUGAACUCCAUUAUUUUUCUUCUUGCCUUCGCUAUUCUACCCACAGAUGUUGCCUCUUCCACUGCAACUCCCUCAAAUAUCUGGAAUACCUCUAAUAUGGAAAGGAUACCAGCCAUGGUAGUUAACUCUAGUAACUUUGCCAUCCUCAAGAGUGGCAGCGCCUUAUUCCCAAUCUUUUUUGGCCUCCACACCAUGGACGGCCAUGCAUUCACUCUCUCUGUCUCUCUCUGGCGGCCCGGGCACCAGGAUACAGUCAUCUGGUCUGCCAACCCUGAUAAUCCUGUAAGCCAAUACGCCAUCUUGAACUUCACCAAAGAAGGGCAGCUGCUGCUCAACGACGGCAAUGGCACCAUUAUCUGGUCCACAGAUACGAAGAGCAACUCAGUUGCAGGCAUGCGCCUAGAUUUUUCAGGAAAUCUUGUGCUGUUUGAUCAGAACAACUCCACUUUCUGGCAGUCCUUUGACCACCCGACGGAUACAUUGGUCAUGGGGCAAUUACUCUGUAGGGGCAUGAAUAUUAGCGUAAGACCAUCAAACACAAAAUGGCCAUCUGCUCGAAUUUAUCUCUCUGCAGAGUUUGGAGGACUGCGGUAUUCAUACCAACCAGCAGCCUAUUCAAAACUGUUCGCCGUAACUGCUAGCACGACACCGAAUUGUUAUGCAUUUUUCAAUGGCAGCUUUGGAUUCCCAAAUCAGGUCUUCUCACUGCCGCCAGCAAGAUCAUCGGAAUUCAUACAAUACAUGAGGUUAGAGCCUGAUGGGCAUUUGAGACUUUACGAGAUACAGGGCUACACCGAAGCACGGCUACUGUUUGAUGUAUUAAGUGUAGCCAUGAAAUUCUGUGAUUACCCAAUGGCCUGCGGUGAUUAUGGUGUUUGCAGUGAUGGACAGUGUUCCUGCCCUAGUUUGCGCUAUUUUAGGCCCCAAAAUGAACGUCAUCUAGAUGAUGGAUGUACGCUCUUAACCACUAUCUCAUGCGACCACGCACACGACCACCAGUUGCAAGCGCUCAACAAUGUUUCUUACUUCAGUGACAACAUGUUCAAGUCAUUAGCCACUUCAAGUCCAUCAAAAAUGGUCUGCAAGCAAUCUUGCUUAACAGAUUGCUCUUGCAGGGUUGCCCUUUUCCAGUAUUAUGGUAAUACAAGUGUGGAUGGUUACUGCUUGUUGCUAUCUGAGCAGAAGCUAAUUUCUCUUGCAGAAGGUUCGCUGUACCUCCUUUCAGCAUACAUCAAGAUACAAGGUAAAGAAUCUAUAAAAAGGAGGAUUAGAAUUAUAGUUGGCUCAAUAACUGCAGGGUUUUCUGCACUUGCAAUCUUAUUCUCCAUUAUCAUAUGGAAAAUGUGUAAGAAAGAGGAAGAACAACUCUUUGAUAGCAUACCUGGGACACCAAAGAGUUUCUCCUUUCACGAGUUGAAGGUAGCUACCAGCAACUUCUCUGUGAAGCUUGGAAGUGGUGGCUUUGGGUCAGUCUUCAAAGGCAAGAUAGGAAGUGAAACAAUAGCUGUCAAACGUUUGGAAGGUGUUGCGCAAGGAACUGAGGAAUUCUUAGCAGAGGUCAUGACAAUUGGCAGAAUGCAUCACCAUAAUCUUGUCAGGUUAAUAGGGUUUUGUGCUCAGAAAUCGCACAGGCUUCUUGUCUAUGAGUAUCUUUGCAACAGUUCAUUGGAUAAAUGGAUAUUUCAUGCACGUCCAGUUUUCACUCUGUCUUGGAAAACUAGACGUAACAUCAUAAUGGCCAUUGCCAGGGGUUUGUCUUACCUCCAUGAAGAAUGCAAGGAAAAGAUUGCCCACUUGGACAUCAAGCCACAGAACAUUCUCCUUGAUGAUAGGUUCAAUGCAAAGCUCUCUGAUUUUGGACUAUCCAAAAUGAUAAAUAGGGACCAGAGCAAAGUUAUGACUCGAAUGCGAGGCACUCGUGGAUACUUAGCUCCCGAAUGGUUGGGCUCAAAAAUCACCGAGAAGGCUGACAUCUACAGUUUUGGCAUUGUGGUGGUGGAAAUUAUCUGUGGCCGAGAGAAUUUGGAUGAAUCGCUGCCUGAGGAGAGCGUCCAUCUCAUAAGCCUGCUUGAAGAGAAGGCAAGGUCUGGUCAGCUGCUUGAUUUAGUGGACAGUGGCAGCAAUGAUAUGCAAUUUCAUUUGGAGGAGGUGAUGGAAGCGAUGCGGCUUGCAAUGUGGUGCUUGCAGGUUGAUAGCAGCAGAAGGCCCUUGAUGUCAACAGUCGCAAAGGUGCUGGAAGGUUUGACGAGCUUGGAGGCUUCACCUGACUACAGCUUUGUCCCUAGUUUAUUUGCAUCAAACCACACUGGUGCUGCAGGGUCAAGUUCUUCCUAUGUACCAUUGGGAUCACAUUUAUCAGGGCCUAGAUGAAAGCCUCGCAACAAUAAGAGGCAAAUGUAUCAUGUUUUAUGUUAUGCUUUGCAAUGCAAAUAAUGAUGAUUUUACCAGUAUCAUGUUUACUGUUGUUGCACUCACAACGGACAACGAGGAAUAGAAUGUACUCCUGAACCUGGUUUGGAAUUAGUUAUCCAACAGUUUCAUGUCUUUGCUAGAUGUUUUUGCAUGCAACUGAGCAACUGGGUAUUGCAAUU